AUGGAUCAAGUCCGCCGUGAAGCUGCAGAGAACAGAGACAGAGAAGCAGAAGAACUGGCCCAGAAGGAGAUUCGGGAGAUCAAAAGCACAGCUUCCUCAAAACUCUCGGAAGGUCUCAGUCACGAACGUACUCAGCAUUUGAAGAAUUUGAAAAAGGAAGAAGAGCAAAGAGAGGAUUUUCUGGAAAAAUUCCAACAAAUGAAAAUGGACGAAGCAAAGAAGCAUAAAGAGAAACUAGCUCAAAAGUUGGCUCAUGCAGAUGAGCGAGUCAAUGAUGCAGGCAGCAAGUGUGAUGUCGUAACCCAGACGGCUCUGAAUAAACUGAUGGAUGCCAGUCUACAAAUGAAUGAGGAAUACAAAAAAAUCGAAAAGGAAAUCGUGGAAGCCAAUGCUCAGAAUGCAAUGAUUGAGGUGGAUGUGACUAGAAGAUGCUUCGAUGAAGUAGAUGCUCAGAAAGAUAAGGACGAGUUUCUUUCCGAGAAACGUUCUGAGGAACUUAUGAAGCAACAUGCAGCCAUCCAGAAAGAAGAGGAAGCAGUGUCAUCUGCAGAGAGAGCCCAGAGAAAAGAGAAUGCAACUUUGACGCUUGCUGAAAUCAGCAGCGAUUUGAAAGAGCAACAAAAAGUCGGGAUGUUCAAUUUGGCGAUUCAACAGAGCGCAGAUGACAGAAAGAAUCGCGGACGCAUUAAUGCCAAAAUCAUGGAGGUGAAGAAUCUCCUGGAAGAGCUUGACAGAUGGUUCACGAGAAUUUCUGGAGUUCUCAACGCUGAGCCAGACAUCUACCAGAAGAUCAAUCAGAAUAGGAAGAGUACAACCAGAGGUCACCUUGGACGAUUCUCAGAAAUCCUGAGCUCGAUUUCAACGAAACUGAGCGAAGUUGAGCAAAAUUUGGCUUCAUUGGAAUUGAAGGAUGUUGAAAUGGACGACGUGAUCCGAGCUAUCAAAACUCAGAUUUCGUCAUUUGGCCAAGUGAUUGCCUAUCUGAAACUUAUUUUGGAAAUGGAUGGCGUUAUGAUCGAUUCAGAAAAAGCAAAAGAAUUUGCAACAUUGAAAACCAAUUUGUUCAACUCGAUCAACGAAAUGGAAUUGGUUCCCGAGAACCGGCGCGCUAUUCAAGCUCAAAUCCAACAGCGACAGGAAGGAACUAUGCCAAAUCUUGAGAUUCAGGCUAUUGAAAACUAA